GCGAGACAUGGACCAUGAUGAAGAACUUAAUGCCUUAAAAUGUCAAAUGACACAGCGUCAAAGGCAGCAUGUGCAAGAGAACUUAGACCUAAUUCGCUUGCACAGAGAAUUAGAGCAUAUGCAAGCCCAAAAUGCAGAUCUUGAAGAGAAAAUGAGAGCUUUAAAAAUGAACAAUGACCACUUGGUUAAGAAUAUGGAUGCCAUGGAUUUUCAAUUUAAAGCAGAACGGAAAAAAGAACUUAGAAUUGAUGGAAGAAUUGCAAAAAGCAGAAAUAAAUGCCGCUACUACUAUUGAGCUUCAAGAAAGAAUCAAGAAUACUCAAAGAGAAAGAAUCAAGACUAUUCAAAGAGAAAAUGAAAUGUUAAGAGAAACCAAUGAUAUAUUAAUUAAAAGCACUCAUGCUGUAGAAAAAGAAGGAUCAGAUAACCAAAUGGAAGACAUAUUGAAGGAAAAAAUAUUAAUUUUAGAAGCAUCUCUUCAGUUUCAAAGAAAAGAAAAAAAUGCCAUUGAGCAGGAGUAUAGUAAAGAAAAAGAAAUAUUUGCUGUAAAAGAAGAAGCGAUCACUCAACUUAAAGAUCAUUUUAAUCAACUAAAGUCCAUUAUAGAAGAAUUAGAAGUUAAUGUCUUGAAAUCACAGGAUGUAAGAUUUGAUGAAUUAGUUGAAGAUUUUAACUUGCUGAAACAGAAGAAAGAUAACAAAAAAGGUUUUGAUGAUGAUCUGCCUCAAGCAGAAUUAGAUGAUCUUCGUGCUAAAUUGGAAAAGUCUCAAGAAAAUAACGAAGAGACCAUCAAGGAGCUGCAGAACAUUAGAAGUCUAAUGACUAAAUAUGAUGUAAAUAAGGCUUCCCAGAUUGAAGUAGAAGCUCUGUCAAAAAGGCUUGAUCGGCAAGAAAAAGAAUUAGCUGCAAAAGUUGAAAAAUACUCCCACUUGCUUGAUGUAGGAGCUGCACGAGUUCAGAAACUUGAAAAAAAAAUGAAUGAUAUUGCUUAUGGAACUAAAAUUUUUACCAUUCCUGAUGAUGAAUGUGAUAAUGAAACGCUGAAAACUGAGACCUUGAGUAGAGGAGAAAACAUUUUUGAAAUCCAUAUUAACAAAAUUGAUUUCAAUAAUGUUGUGAAGAAAAAACGUGGCUCAAAUCCGAAUAUCUUCAUGACUUGGAAUUUUUAUGAAUUUGAACUACAGUCUACUCCUGUUGUUUCUGCUCAAAGACCCAGUUUUAAUUUUACUUCUCAAUAUAAUGUUCAAGUGGAUGAUUAUUUUUUGUGUUAUCUUCUUCAAAAUUCAAUUACGCUGGAACUUCAUGAGUGUUUUGGUGCAGAUUAUAAAACUGUUGCUACAUCAAAACUACAUUUUUCUGACAUUAUAUCCAAGCCUGUUAGUAGAAUUCAUGGAACCCAGUCUUUGAUUAGUGUAGAAGAUUCUGAUAUUUGUUUGGGAUCAGUGGAGUUUUGGGCGCGUUUAAAAGUACCGAUGGAGGAAACUUUCAGGCCGUUUAUGGAAAAAUUGAAAGCUUCGAAGUACAUACAACAUAACAAAGAAAUGUCUUCCUCUGCUGUGAGUUUGUUGAAGCAACCUGUUGGUAAAGAUUUACAUGUUAAUGAGUUACACAUCAAAAUAAUCAGAGGAUUGAACUUAAGUUCAAGACAAAAAGAUAUACAACCAUCAACUUUUUGUGGUUACAAAUUUUACGACUUCCCUGAUCAACAUACUGUGGUCAUACCAGCUUCAAAUAAUCCUGAGUUUUCUGAUCAUCGAACAUUUUCUCUAUACCUUGACCAUCCUUUUGAGAAGUACAUACGAACUGAAAACUUAUUCAUCUAUGUUUUUGAUGAUGAUGACCCAGAUAUCUCAUCAUAUAUAGGAAGAGCAGAAGUACCUCUUCAUUCUUUGUCCCAAAAUCAACCAAUCAAAGGACUAUUCCAGUUAAAAAAAAAUAAAGAUCUUGAUUGUGGUUCCAUCGAAAUUUUAAUCCAUUGGCAGUACGAUUACACCCCUUUUUCAUCAGAAAAUGUUCAUUUCAUUCCACAGCCUCAAAGAUCACCAUCAAAAAGCUCUGAAGAGGAAAUUCGAAGUGGUGUAGAUUCUCCACCUGUACAGCCAUCUGUACCAAAACCACGCAGGAGUGUUAAAAGCACGCCAAUGACUUCUACUGCUUUGAUCAAAGAACUUACCGCAUCCUCUUCUUCAGACUCUGAUGCAUCAAAUUCUUAUACAGAAAUAUUCUCCCAUCUCCCAUCAGAGUUCAAGUUAUCUUUAAGCAAGGAAUAGAAUUGAGCAAUUCCAGCAUAGAUGUCAGAAGUGAUCUACUUUGUCACACUACUCCACUGGCUCGCUGAGUGCUUGUGCUUGCUGCCUACCACGUACCCGGAUCCGGAUCUGUUCUUCAAACUUGCUUAUCUCUUUUU